AUGUCUAAUAUUGGAAGUGAAACUACCCUCGACGCUGAAGGUCAUUUGACGGGCCAAUUUAAAAUUCCGACAAACAACAGCUUAGCAUCAUACGUAGGUGUGGCAGGUAUAUGUAAAAUGGAAUAUGCCAAAAGCAAUCGAUCCAGAUGUAAUAAAUGCAAGAUUGAAAUUGAUCAAAAUUCUUUACGUAUUGCAAGACUUGUACAAGCACCAAAUUUCGAUGGAAAAAUUCCCAGAUGGUUUCAUUAUCAUUGUUUUUGGGGAGGAAAAUCGCCUAUUGAAAGCACCGCAGAGAUUAAACACUUUGACUCUAUUCGAUGGGAAGAUCAAGAAAAGAUUAGAAAAGCAAUUGCUGGUGGUGUUGGUGGAGGCGUAGGAGCAGGACUAUCUUCUCCCAAAGCUUCUACUCGUAAAUUUACUGUGAAAUUAUCGGAUAGUGAUUUACCGUGUAGUCAUUGUGAAAAGCCACUAAUACAGGAACGUCAUACAAUAUGUGAGUCUGGUAAGAAGGCUACGUUUGCGUGUCAUCUAUCUUGUUUCCUGAAAAGUAAUGAAUGUCUUGAAGAUAUAUCACAGCUUACAGGCUUUCGAAAAUUGUCUUCUAUCGAUCGAGAUGCUAUUAUACUUUCACAUGCUGAAAUUUCAAAGGAGAAUAGGAAACGACCUGCUAAAGCCGCUUCAUCGGCACCAGCUGAACAAGGUCCAAAGGCAAAAAAAGUUAAAUCAGAAGAAAAUACUGAACAGGAAGAAUUACGUAAACAGAAUAAAUUACUGUGGAGUUUAAGAGAUAAACUUGAAAGUGAAGUAUCCAAAGAGGCGUUGAUUGGUUUACUAGAAUACAACAAACAAUUCGUUCCCUCUGGAUUAUCUCGUCUCCUCGAUGCAGUUGCCGAUGCGAUGACAUUUGGUGCAUUGCCGACAUGUCCAAGUUGUAAACAAGGCCCACUGCAUUAUAGUAAUGCAAAUUAUAAGUGUAGUGCUAUGGCUACAGAUUGGAUCCAGUGUCUUUAUCAUACCCGGACACCUGAACGUAAAAAGUUUAAUAUUCCUGAAGAGUAUCAUGAUGUGGAAUUUUUAAAGAAAUACAAAUAUGUCAAGCGUACACGAUUAUUUCCACCAGAUCUGGUCUCUGAUAUCACAGGACCACUAACUGGUUUAUUUUUCUAUAUCACUAAUGGACCAUUUGAUAGUGGCAAGUCAAGGGAACAGUUAAUGCGUGAAUUCACUAAUUUCGGUGGAGCUAUCAUGACCAAACUUAGCACCAAUACAAUUGUUGUCUCUACACUGGCUGAAUUGAAACCGGAGAAGAAUGUGGACAAUGCGUCAAAGGGGACUAUUUCAACAGCACGUGCUUCUGGUUUACGUGUUAUCGAUGAGGGCUUGUUAUCUGAACUGAAUUCAGGUGGGAAAUCUGAUGGGAAAAUUCAACAACUUUUAGAAAAACAUACAAUCUCUGAUUGGAAAGUCAAGAUUCGUGAGCCUAAAGCGGACAGAUGGGAGAAGCGAUUAGCUGAUUUAGAAUUUGAUGAUCAAGAAAUGAUGCGAUUGAAACUAAAAAAUGGUGCAGUUGUUGAUCCACAAUCAGAGUUAGAGCAUAAAGCCUCGGUGUUGAAAGAUGAAAGUGGGAAAUUUAUGACAGCAGUUCUCGGGAUGGUUGAUUUAGUCAAAGGAUCAAAUUCAUUUUAUAAACUUCAAGCCCUGCAAGCGGAUAAAUCCCAACGCUGUUGGGUGUUUCGUGCAUGGGGUCGUAUAGGCACACCAAUCGGCGGGACAAAAACUGAAUCCUUUCCGAAUGCUACAUCAGCACGUGCAUCAUUCAGAGAGCUUUACCUUGAAAAAACUGGUAAUCAUUGGGAUGAACGUGACAAUUUUAAAAAGAUGCCGUAUAAAUUUUAUGAAUUAGAAUUAGAUUAUAAUAAUUCUUCAUCAGAUAUUAAAGAAAUUCAAAGCGUUAGUGAAAUUCCAUCAAAAUUGCAUCCAUCUGUUCAGUCACUUUUAAAGUUUAUUUGUGAUAUAAAAUCUAUGGAGAAGGCUAUGGCAGAAUUUGAACUUGAUUUAAGAAAAAUGCCACUAGGCAAACUCUCUCGAAAUCAAAUCCGUGAAGCUUACGAGGUGCUGAAUUCCCUGUCUCAACUUGUCAGUAAAAGUAGUAGUAAGUCAUCGUCAACAAAGAAUAACAACAAUAAUGCUGAUGCCUCAUUGAAUAAAACUCAAGUGUUAAGUGAAUCCACACGCUUCUAUACACUGAUUCCACAUGAUUUUGGUAUGAAAGCACCACCUCUGUUGGAUAAUAAAAAGUUGAUUCGUACAAAAAUACACAUGCUAGAAGAUUUACUUGAAAUUGAACUGGCCUAUAAAAUAUUAUCAUCAAGUAAGAGUAAUUCCAAGAAAAAUCCAUUGGAUGAACAUUAUGAAAAAUUGCAUACAAAAUUGGAGCCAUUGGAUAGUAAUUGUGAAGACUAUAAACGUAUUCUUGAUUAUGUUCGUGAAACCCAUGGGUCUACGCAUACACACUACACCCUGCAAGUAUUAGAUAUUUUUGAAGUUCAGCGAGAUGGUGAAGAAGAUCGUUAUGCAAAGUGUAAAAUUGCUCAACAUAAUAAACAGCUUCUAUGGCAUGGUUCUCGUCAAACCAAUUGGAUGGGUAUAUUAUCUCAAGGAUUACGUAUUGCACCGCCUGAAGCUCCAUCGACUGGUUAUAUGUUUGGCAAGGGUAUUUAUUUCGCUGAUAUAGUUAGUAAAUCAGCUAACUAUUGUUUUGCCACGCAAGUACAACCUGAAGGUUUAUUAUUACUGUGUGAAGUGGCACUAGGCGAUAUGAAUGAAUGUCUACGUAGUGAUGACACUGCGCUGCCACCGAAUUAUCAUAGUCGUAAAGGCAUUGGAUCUGUUACACCUGAUCCGUCAACAUUUUACACCAAUAAAGAUGGUGUUGUUUAUCCAAUCGGGAAGCCUAUUGAAUCGAAGGUGCCAAAUACCACUCUAUGCUAUAAUGAGUAUAUUGUGUAUGAUGUGUCACAGGUAAAGCAGAAGUAUCUUGUACGCGUGAAAUUUCUUUACAAAUAA